UAUCACCUGUAAGCGAAGGUUGCAACAAAAUUAUGAAAAGCUUGAACAGGUUGUAUUUAUAUAUUUCUGUGCUGCUCAUAAUAUAAUGGGGCGUUCCUUUGUUGCUUGACAACUGAAAUCGACUGUGGUCUUUUCUUUUUAGAAAAAGUGAGCGAGAGCUCACAACAGGCUGUUCACCACCAACGUGGCCCUAUAUAAGGAAAUCAAGAGGUUCAUUGGUUGCCUGCCAAUAAAUGAUCCGUCCCUCAUGGAGGAGAGCUGCUGCAAUAGCAGUAGCGACACUGUUGAGAAGCUGAUCUACGAAAUGGAAAGCGGAGUCAGUUCUGAGGCUACUGAAACUGAUAGCACACCAGUGCCAGGAACACCAACUGAACAGCAACCACCACCUGCACCCACCACACAGUCGGCUCAGAGCCCUGCAACAAGUACGGCAGCACGGGCAACAAGGAAGCGACGGCGGCCACUGAGCGCAGCACGUGAAUUUCAAGAAGCUAUGCUGGCUGAACAAAAAAUGCUACGAGAGCAGCUGGAGCGGGCUCAGCAAACCGAGGUAGAGCUAAGAACAACACACUUGCAGCUUCAAGAAAAGCUUGUAAAUGCCCUCGUUGGUUUCAUCAAUAAAACAUCAGGCAGUUAUACUAUCACUCUUUUUAUUUACAAAUGGCAACGCAAAGCAAUUUCUAGGAGCGAACUACCUGGGUCUGCAUCCUCUGGCUGA